AUGAUUCGCGUUGAUUCACCCAAAACGGCCUAUGUUUGCAAAGACCAAGUUGGAAAUGAGUGGAAUUACUCUCGUGAAAUUCUUGAGCCUGGAGAUUUCAUGGUGGAUGUUUUUAUAGUAGUGGUGGAUAGUACUCUCACUGGUGAAGCUGCUGUCUCACAACAAAAGUUUCUCAAAAAGGCACUUACAGAACUCCGAAAGCGUAGAAUUCCCUUCGUUUUCGCCUCUUCGAAACACGAUUGUGAAGUGUCUCCUGAGAAUAAGGAAUUUUUGAAGCAUCUGCUUCAUGAAGUCUGCAAGUCGCUAAAGAAGACACGAUGUUGUAGAGUCGAAACUUCAGCCAGACUCAACAUCAAUGUUUAUCAAGCAUUUCUUUCAGCCGCAUUGCUGUGCACGCCCUCUUCCAUGUUUGAGUGUCGUCGGACUCACUUAAUGUCUUCACUUCGUCGAGAGGCCACAAGCGUACACUCUCUCCUUCCCCCAUCCGUCCACUCCCUUGCUUUAGGUGCUGAUGCUGACAAGCCUUCUAAUCCCUACUGGCCACAUCGUACUUUGGCCCUGUUGUCGAAAUCUCUCUGUAAUCAAGCUGUCCCACUGACGCCGAAAAACGCGACUCCAAAGAAUAGCGUGGGGAAUGAUUUCGAAGUGAAAGCGGACUAG